GAUAAAGAAAUAUAUUUUUUAAAAAAAUUAAAAAUUCAAGGAAAAUAAUCAAUACCCUUUUCUUCUACAAGAUAAUAUUUGCCAUUAUAUUAUUCAUAGCAUGUAUAUAUAUGCCUCCUAAGAAAAAACCACAUAGCUAGAUAAGAAGUCUUCAGCAACAUCAUCUUCUAUAUAUUCUCUUCUUCUUCUUCUUCUUCUCUCUUUCCUGUGCUCGUGAUCAUCAGAAUGGCUGAAGCAGCUGCAAAGCAAAAUUUUUUGGAUGUGACUUUGCAGAAGAUAAACCCUAAUGGAGAACUGCAGCAAGAUCCUAGCUGGGUAGCCAUGAAAGGUGGUUUUGGUGCUUGUGAGUAUGAUGAAUCAUCCAUGGAAGAUUCAACAAACUCAGCGGCUUCUUCUUCUUCUUCAAUAGAUUUAUUAGAAGAUGCAUCUUCUGCAGCAUCAUCAUCAUCAUCAUCAUCGACAUCACAUGCGAAUGGACCUCUAUAUGAAUUAUCAGAGCUCAUGGCCCAACUUCCCAUCAAGAGAGGCCUUUCAAAGUUUUAUGAAGGGAAAUCUCAGUCUUAUACAUCUCUAGCAAGUGUGAGGAGCAUAGAAGAUCUUGCAAAGAAAGUGACUGCAACUCCAUACAGAUCUAAAAUGAAGUCUUGCAAGAGCUAUGCUGGGGUUUUAGAUAGCCACAAGUGCUACAGUCCCAAGGCUACCAUAUCAAAAAGGGCUUCACCAUAUCAAAAACGAUCUUUUUCAUCUUCUUUAGGUAAGAGAGGUUCUUUACUGGGCAAUUGUUAGGGCCUCACCCAUUCUAGAGAUGUGCAAAAGCCAUAUAUAUAUGACAACUUGCGGGGUUUACAUUGCAAGCUUGUCUUUUUGGUAUUUACAUAUGUAAGGAAGAGGAAAUAUUUAAUUACAAUUAAUACACAGCAAAAUUAAAGCUAAGCAUUUUGUAGUUCUAAGCAGUCGAUUUGUACAUAUAAAGCAUGAAGGUUGAUGCAGGAGGAUUUAUCAACUUUAAUGUAUUAAUUCAUUAAUUAAUUGUCAAUCUACCAUCUUCCAGUA